CAUCCGAGCGGGACGCCGGUUGUUCGCCGAGUCUUCCAGGAGGUGCUAUGUCGCCGCCGCCGCUCUUCAGCUUGCCUGAGGCGCGGCUGCGUUUCACGAACUCAACUCGAGAUGCACUUAAGAACAAAACUAUUAAACCUUUAUUGAGUGCCUUCAGCCAGAUACCUGGAAGUGAAAAUGAAAAAAAGUUUACCCUGGAUCAAGCUUUCAGAGUUGCCCUGGAAGAAGAAAUUAUAAACCAAGCUUCCUGUGAAAAUGUCCUGGCUAUCAUAUCACUUGUUAUUAAUGGGGUCACAGAAGGUAUCUGCACUGCAUCAACCCCUUUUGUCCUCUUGGGCGAUGUUUUGGAUUGCCUUCCUUUGGAUCAAUGUGAUAAAAUUUUCACCUUUGUGGAAAAAAAUGUAACUACAUGGAAAUCUAACACGUUUUAUUCAGCAGGAAAGAAUUACUUGCUGAGAAUGUGCAAUGACCUCCUGAGACGAUUGUCUAAAUCCCAAAAUACAGUAUUCUGUGGAAGAAUCCAGCUAUUCCUGGCUAGAUUGUUCCCACUUUCAGAAAAAUCAGGCCUUAAUUUGCAAAGUCAAUUUAAUUUGGAAAAUAUCACAGUUUAUAAUACCAGUGAGCAAGACAGCACUCUUGGACAGAAGCAUGUUGAGGAGAGAGAUGAAGGGAUGGAUGUAGAGGAAGGUGAGAUGGGAGAUGAUGAAGCUCCUACAACUAGUUCCAUUCCAAUAGAUUACAACCUGUAUAGAAAGUUCUGGUCACUUCAAGAUUACUUUCGGAAUCCAGUGCAGUGUUACGAAAAGGUUUCGUGGAAAACAUUUCUGAAGUACUCUGAAGAAGUACUGGCUGUCUUUAAGAGCUACAAGUUGGAUGACACCCAAGCGUCGAGAAAGAAAUUGGAAGAGCUGAAAGCUGGCAGGGAGCAUGUUUACUUCGCUAAAUUCCUUACAAGUGAGAAGUUAAUGGAUUUACAGCUGAGUGACAGCAACUUCCGCCGACACAUCCUAUUGCAGUAUUUAAUAUUAUUUCAGUAUCUAAAGGGACAGGUGAAAUUUAAAAGUUCCAACUACAUUUUGACAGAUGAGCAGUCCCUGUGGAUAGAAGAUACUACAAAAUUAGUUUACCAGCUUCUUUCAGAAAAUCCUCCCGAUGGAGAGAGAUUCUCAAAAAUGGUAGAGCACAUAUUAAACACAGAAGAGAACUGGAAUGCAUGGAAAAACGAAGGUUGUCCAAGUUUUGUGAAGGAAAGACCAAGUGAUCCUAAGCCAAUGAGACUCAUUGUGCGAAAGAGACCCGUUCCUGAAGAUUUCCUGGGGAAAGGACCUAACAGAAAAAUUCUGAUGGGGAAUGAAGAGUUGACUCGACUCUGGAAUUUAUGCCCUGAUAACAUGGAAGCUUGUAAAUCUGAGACCCGAGAAUAUAUGCCAACAUUGGAAGAGUUCUUUGAAGAGGCUAUUGAACAGGCAGAUCCUGAAAACAUGGUUGAUAAAGAGUUUAAGGUUGUGAAUAAUUCUAACUACGGCUGGAGAGCACUACGGCUAUUGGCACGUAGAAGCCCCCACUUCUUCCAGCCAACCAAUCAGCAAUUCAAGAGUUUACCAGAAUACCUCGAAAACAUGGUCAUCAAAUUAGCUAAAGAACUACCUCCUCCUUCUGAAGAAAUUAAAACAGGCGAGGAUGAAGAUGAGGAAGAUAAUGAUGCUUUGUUAAAGGAAAACAAUGAAAGUCCAGAUGCUCAACGGGAUAAACUUGUAACAGGGGAACAAAUAGAGUUACUUGCUAACAAGCUUGGGGAAUACUGGAAUGUUCUGGCCCCAUAUUUGGAAAUGAAAGACUCAGAUAUAAGGCAAAUUGAAUCAGAUAGUGAAGAUGUGAAGAUGAGAGCUAAGCAGCUGCUUGUGACUUGGCAAGACCAAGAAGGGAUCCACGCUACAAUGGAAAAUCUGAUUACUGCAUUGAACAAAGCUGGAUUAAAUGACCUUGCAGAAAGCCUAACAAAUGAUAGUGAAAACAAUAGCUAAAAUAAGUGUUAAACAAGGAAAAAGAAGCUGUUGUUGCUAAGUAACAACCCAACAUUUGAUAGAUCAGUUUAAUUUGGUAAGCAAUAAAACAUUUUAAA